UUUUUGCAUAGGGACCCCGAGAAAAACCUACACCCGCUCCGUAGAGAGAGCAGAGAGGGAGCAUGAAACUGAGAAAGUGUGAAAGAGAGACUGAGAACUGAGAACGAGCACGACAGGUUGUAAGAAAGAGAGGAAGAGACAAGAAGGAGAAGCAACAAGCAAUCAUUACUGCGUGUUAAGGUGCGUAUAACCAUCUUCCAAGAGCUUCCUUAUCCUAAGUUGUAUUAAGAAACAAAGACAAACAAAGAAGAAAGAAAGAAAAGGCCGUUAUUGCGAGAGGUGGAAGAGGUUUGAGGAAUCCGAAGCAAUGGCGGCUGCGCAGGCGAACUCUGAGGGCGAAGCUCAGAAACCGAGUGCGGAUACGUUUCGAUUAUUCUCCUCGGCUGGCUCUGGCGUUGGAAUAUUUGAUGAUGCUGCACAGCAAGUUCCUGCUAUACCUCCUCCUCCGUGCGUUGAAGUUCUCGCCUCCGAGUCUGAUGUUCCUUCAUCCGCCAAACACAAUGUGGAGCCGGUGAAUGUCGAUGGGGUUACUUUGUUGAAGGGGAGGGUGAAUACCCGACAAGUUUUUGGUUUAUCCAACUCUGAUUUAGUUCCCGGGAAAUAUGAAGGAGGAUUGAAGCUAUGGGAAGGUUCACUUGAUCUAAUUAAAGCCCUUCGUUCAGAUAUUAAAAGUGGGCUUGUCUCAUUUGGCGAGAAGCGAGUAUUAGAGGUUGGAUGUGGUCAUGGGCUGCCUGGAAUCUCUGCAUUGCUUGAGGGGGCUGCUGCUGUACAUUUUCAAGACUUCAAUGCCGAGGUCUUACGUUGCCUCACUAUUCCCAAUUUAAAUGCAAAUAUUUCUGGAAAAUCUCAACCAUCACCAUCAAACUUAACCAUUUGUGACAAGGCAGAAGUUCGUUAUUUUGCUGGUGACUGGAGUGAAGUUGAUAAACUACUCCCUCAUGUUAGUACAGAUGCAAAAGACAAUGGAGGUGGUGGUUAUGACUUUAUUCUGAUGGCAGAGACAGUUUACUCGAUCAACAGUCUCCAAAUUCUCUACAAUCUUAUCAAGAAGAGCUUGCGACAUCCUGAUGGAGUUGUGUACAUGGCUGGGAAGAAGUAUUAUUUUGGAGUGGGUGGUGGAACUCGGCGAUUCCUAUCUGUGGUAGAAAAAGAUGGUGUCAUGACUAGUAGUCUGGUUGCUGAAAUCACAGAUGGUUCAUCUAAUGUGCGUGAAGUAUGGAAGCUUACAUUCAAGUAGUGCCGGUAUUUUCUUUAAACUAUCCCUGGUUUGUUUGCUCAAUUUUGCCCAUGCUCAUAUAAGGAGGCAGGUGAUGAUGGGUUGGGCGUGUUGCCAUUUUAUAUCUCAGAAUUAAGGGAUCUUUCAUUUAUAAUUAUAGAAAUUGUGUGAUCUAGAGAGAAUGUCAACCCUCACUUCUUGCUACACUUAUCUGCUUAAUGGAGAGAUCCUGUCUUAUUUAUCUGAGCCACAACUUCAUCUUAGACCUUUACCUGAAGGUUAUAUUUUUACAUGUCAGUAUUCAAAACUCACUGUUUCACUAAUUAUACUGAUCUGAGAUUGUUCCUAUUCAAGACAAAA